AUGAUGUGCGGCGACAGCGACUCGCUGGCCUUCAUCAAAUCCCAUCACAAUGAUCCUUACAACUCCUCCUUAGCUUCAUCGGCUUCGUCCUCCUCAGCUUCUGUUUGGUCCGAUGCGUCCUCUCAGCACUCAGAUGACACUUCCGUAUCCGCCCCCUCAGACUCGUCGGAACACUGCGACUCCUACCUCUACUCGCAGCAAGCUGCCUCUUGCGACCAGGCAAACUUGCGACACUCGUGGGCCAGACAAGCGCAAUCGACGGCGGCUGAGGUUCCACAACAAUUAAGGCAAAAUCCCAGACGCACUUCGACCGGCGCCAUUUCCAAGACCGGAUGCCCUCCCGCUCUAGUCCGUCAAAACGAUCGCAAAGUCAACUUCGUUGAUAAUCUCGUUGAUGCAUCAACUCAAAUCGUCGAAGCGAUCUGGCCCUUGUCCUCGGUGGUAUACCGAGUUGAGCUGGGCAACAAGGCCGUGCUACCGCUGCGGACCUUUAUCCAAGAGACUCUCCGCCGGUCCCGCACAAGCUAUUCCACCCUACAGGUCGCACUUUAUUAUCUUGUACUGAUCAAGCCUCACGUUCCCAAGCAUGACUUCACCAUGGAGCAGCCCGACGAUAUUCACGCCAACAGAGUGCUACAAUGUGGUCGCCGUAUGUUCUUGGCCGCCUUGAUCUUGGCAUCGAAGUAUCUUCAGGAUCGUAACUACUCAGCGCGAGCCUGGAGCAAGAUCUCUGGACUGGCGACUCACGAAAUCAAUCAAAAUGAGAUGGCCUUCUUGCUUGCGGUUAACUGGAAACUCCACAUCACGGAUGACGUGUACCGACGAUGGACUGAGAUCGUCCUGAAGUACACGCCUCAGCCUCCGCCUCCGGGUUGCCCUCAGGCAAGCGAUCGUGAGAUUCAAGAUUGGAAGAACUUCAUCCUAAAGCUGAGCCCAGAUUUGGACAAUAUCGAGGAAUUCAUUCCAACAACACCGUUCAAAUCCCCAUCGAGAGACUUCACCCCAAUUUCUCCGCGCUCGCUCUUGUCUGCGUCGCGAGAGCGCGAUUGCGCCUUCAAUUAUGAAUCAAAUGACGCCACUCCCAAGAGUUGCACUACUCCAGCCACUAUGGAACCUUCUCCGGCCACUGUACAUACCCCCGGCCGACUCGCCCCUGCUCUUGGGCUCCUGCCCACUCCACGCCUCACUCCUCAGAUGACGGGAUCCAGCACUCCUGCAGUGAAUGCUACUUCCUAUCUUCUUGGUGGGAAAGGGUCGAUGGGUUUCGCCAUGGCCCAGGCAUCCCAUGUCAGCGCGGCUCAGAGCCUUGACCGGUGGCCUGCUUCGACGACCUCUUCGCCACAGAGCUACUUUUUGGCUCGUCGCUCAUCACUUGCCAAUUCUAUCUCAACCGCGUCUUCACCAGAGUCGAUGAUCUCGGAUUCAUCCCGCACAUCACGCUCAUCCUCCAUCUCGUCAGCAUCGUCAUUGGUCAGCGCGCCGUCCACCAAAUUGGAUGUUCAGGCGCGAUGCCGAUAUGCGAAGCUAUGUAGUGAGAGGUACAGCCUGAGAUCAGCCAUCGCCUCGGUCCCAGAAGACCAUGAACAGAAUUGCAUCACUUCUUCGCCUGAAUCCUACGCCGGCCCGGCGGGUAAGGAUUUGUCGGAGAUGUCACUCGACACUCAAGUGGCACGAAGAGGACGUGAUAACGACGACGCUGCCGACGCCGCUCGUGUAUUGCAGGAAUUACAUAAUAACUAUCAAGCCAGCUCUCAGCCACAGCCGACCCGCAGGGUCGGUUCCAAGAGGACGCGGCCUCUGUCGGUUGACCAUUCUCUGCAAGAGAACGUUCGGGAGAUGCUCAACGGCCAGUACAACUCCAAGACCCGAAGAGAGUGGCCUGCCCACAUGCUUCGUUCCGGGGACUCUCACGACGCAGGACGCAAGCGAGUCUGUUACUCGUCUGACAUUUCUGCACCACGCGCCAUUCCGACGCUUCACCCUGCCAUGGGCGGGCCUGGUGGCGUUGGCAUGUGGGAGGGCGUUUUGAACUGA